UUCACCUUACUUCUAGCUCGGUUUAAGACUCCCGGGUGAUAAUAUCGUGCAACAGUUCACUGUUAUCGUCCAAUUUGGCAAUUUCGUUGUUUGGAUAUCAGAAAUGGUUUUCUUGAGCUGGGUUCGACCUUCUCCUGAACAACAGAAGUCUUGCAUUAACAAGUCUGGCACAUUCAACUAUGACGCCAAAUACAAAGCAGCUACUGCAAAGCCGGUUUCCUGCAUUAAGGAAGACAAGGAGCUCUCCAAAGAUGGUUAUUUAAUCAACCAUGCAAGGGUUUUUGUUGGUUCUGGUUUUGAGACCUAUGAAAAGGGCAAGACAGCACUGCAGAACUGGAGGCAUUUUGGAUUAGAUUGGGCAUUUGUUGAUCCCAAGACUCCUAUUCAAAGUGGGGAGAAAUUCUGUGUUUGUCUCAAGGAAUUUCUGCCAUGGGUCAUGAUGCCUCUCCAAGUGGUGUAUGUAAAGGAAAACACAAGGACUAAGACUAAGAAAGCCGCUGCCUCCUUUGGUUUUGGCAGUGGCACAUUACAAGGUCACCUAUUGGCUGGGGAAGAACGUUUCUCGAUCGAGCUGGAUGAGAACGAUCAAGUGUGGUAUGAAGUACUUUCCUUCUCAAAGCCUGCUCACUUUCUAUCAUUUAUAGGUUACCCUUAUGUUCAACUGAGGCAAAAGUAUUUCGCUCAUCAAUCUGCCAAUGCGGUUCUGAAACAUGUUUAGCAACAGUAUAUAUCGAUUCAUAUACUUGGUUUGUUCAAAUCGAGAAAUCGAAACUUUGAGCUUGAUAGCCUAUAUUCUUAGGAAGUCUUCGACUGUCUGAAGGUGUAAUCACUUUGAAUUGGAUGGUGUAAAUGAGGUUCUGUUUACAGAUAUCCUUCAUUUUCCAUGAC